AAGCAUCUUCUCGUUACAUCUGAGGCUGCAGCAGUGAAGAAAAGGAUGGGAACUAGGGCGAAGCAGAGGAGCCAUACCGGGCAGCGGCAAGUACUCUUUCCCUUCCUGCUGCCUUUGUUCUGUGGGGGGCUCUCUGAGCAGAUCCGCUACUCUAUUCCUGAAGAAAUGGCCAGGGGCUCAGUAGUAGGGAACCUUGCUGAAGACCUGGGGCUGCAUGUACGGGAUUUACUGAACCGCAACCUCAGAGUUAGUGCAGAGAAACAAUACUUUACCAUAAACAGGGAGAAUGGCAACAUACUUGUCAGUGACAGAAUAGAUAGGGAGUCGCUCUGUCCCCAAAGCACCCUGUGUGUUGUGCCCCUAGAGAUCGUGGCAGAGAAUCCUCUAAAUGUUUUUCAUAUAACGGUGAGGAUAGAAGAUAUAAAUGACAAUCCACCGUAUUUCCCCCAAAAUAGCAUUGUUUUACAAAUCAAUGAACUUGCAAUUCUAGGAACUCAGUUUGGUCUGGAAUCCGCUAUAGAUGCAGAUGUAGGACCUAACUCUCUCCAGAGUUACCAACUCAGCUAUAAUGAGUAUUUCUCUCUGAUGGUGAAGGAUAAGAUUGAAGGCAAGAAUGCCCCAGAAUUAAUAUUGGAGAAGCCCCUGGACCGGGAACACCAGAGCUCCCAUUUUCUAGUCCUGACCGCAGUGGAUGGGGGUGACCCAGUCCGAAGUGGCACCAUUCAAAUCAGGAUUGAGGUCACUGAUGCCAACGAUAACCCCCCAGUGUUCAGUCAGGAUGUGUACAAAGUUAGCCUUCCAGAGAACUUGCCCUUGGGCACCUCUGUGCUCAAGGUGACAGCCAUCGACCAGGAUGAGGGCAUCAAUGCAGAGAUCACCUACUCCUUCAAAACACUAAGAGAUAUUGGAAAUAUGUUUAUGCUAGACCAUCAAAAUGGAGAAAUUAAAUCCAAAGGUCCUAUAGACUUCGAAAUUAGGAGUAGUUAUACCAUGAGCAUAGAAGCCAAGGAUGGUGGAGGCAUGGCCACUGAAUGUAAAAUUAUAAUAGAAAUUUUAGAUGAGAAUGACAAUGCCCCAGAGGUUAUUUUCACUUCAGUGUCUAAUUCCAUAACUGAGGGUGCAGAACACGGGAUGGUGAUUGCUCUGUUCAAAACACAUGACAAAGAUUCGGGCCAAAAUGGAGAGGUCACAUGCCUCAUAAAACAAACAGUUCCUUUCAGAAUUGAAUCUUCUGCCAAUAAUUACUACAAGCUUGUAACAGAUGGGUCCUUGGACCGGGAGAAGACCCCUUCGUACAAUGUCACUAUCACAGCCACUGACAGGGGAAAGCCACCCCUUUCCUCCAGCUCAAGUAUCACUCUGCACAUCGAAGAUGUCAACGACAAUGCUCCAGUUUUUGAACAGGCUUUCUAUUUGGUCCACAUUGCCGAGAACAACCCUCUGGGUGCCUCCAUUGCCCAAGUCAGCGCCUCGGACCCCGACCUG